AUGGGGCUUUGUUCUUUCCCCGGUUUGAUUUCGUCUUGUCGUACCGACCUGGGUCCAAGAACAUCAAAUCGGACGCCCGCUCUCACCAGUGGGAACCCCUCCCUCUCCCAAGCGAGCCCUCAACCAUCUUACCUCCAGCCAGGAUCCUGGUGCCCCUUCAGUGGGGACUGUUGGACACUGUCAGACAGGCCUAAGAGGCCGAUCCCGGUCCGGGAACAGCCAACCAGGCCGGGUCUACGUACCUCCCUCCCACAAGAAAAGGGUACUCACCUGGGGACACUCCUCCCCCCCAGGUCGCACGUCCAGGGUCACACACAUACUGGAGUUCCUGCGCACCAGUUUUGGUGGCCCCGCAUGGAACAAGACGUGCAUGCCCACGUGGCCGCUUGUGCCGCAUGCGCGCCGGGUAGGGAUCCCAGAACCAGGCCCAGGGGUCUGCUGCACCCUCUAGCAGUCCCCUCGCGCCCCUGGUCACACCUGUCCUUGGACUUUAUCACAGGGUUGCCCCCUUCUCAGGGCAACACCGUGAUACUAGUCAUUGUGAACAGGUCCUCCAAGGCUGGUCGCUUUGUGGCUCUGCCCAAGCUACCAACCACACAGGGGACUGCGGAGUUGCUGCUAGACCAGGUGGUCCGCAUCCAUGGACCACCCACUGACAUCGAAUCAGAUCGUGGGGAAAAUGCAGCGACUGGAAGCAACAAAAGAACCUGCAGUGAAGAGAAGAGUAGUUCCCUUCAGAAUGAACUUGGUCGAGUGGACACAACCUCUGAUUUACAUUCAGCAGCUUCUCAAAACAAAGCAAGCUACAGACUGGCUGCAGUGUUUCUGGGUCUGUUGAGUGUUCUCCUGCUGACUGCCAUCAUACUUCUGUUGAUCUGGUUGAACAACCUGACUGCAGAGAGAGACCAGUUACAGACCAGUUACACCAACCUGAUGGCAGAGAGAGACCAGUUACAGACCAGUAACACCAACCUGACAGCAGAGAGAGACCAGUUACAGACCAGAUACAACAACCUGGCUAAAGGGAGAGACCAGUUACAGACCUGUAACACCAACCUGGCUGCAGAGAGAGACCAGUUACAGACCUGUAACACCAACCUGGCUACAGGGAGAGACCAGUUACAGACCUGUAACACCAACCUGGCUACAGGGAGAAACCAGUUACAGACCUGUAACACCAACCUGGCUACAGGGAGAAACCAGUUACAGACCUGUAACACCAACCUGGCUAAAGAGAAAGAACAGCUCCAGAAUCAGAGAGAUUGCCUUCAGAAUGUCAUUAAUCUUAAGGAGGCAGUAAAAGACGGGUGGAGUUUUUUUGACACCAGUGUGUACUACAUCUCUACUGAGACGAAGAGCUGGACUGAUAGCAGACAGGACUGCAGAAACAGAGGAGCAGACCUGCUGAUCAUCAACAGCAGAGAAGAACAGGACUUGGCUAAAAGUUUGAGAGGAAAUCAGAGAACUUGGAUUGGUCUGAAUGAUAGAGACAGAGAGGGGGUCUGGAAGUGGGUGGAUGGAUCAGCACUGUACACCAGUUACUGGUACCCUGGAGAACCCAACAGUAAAGCAGGAGAUGAAGACUGUGCCCUAACUGGAGAGCAGUCUGAUCCUGUGCAGAACUGGGCUGAUUACCCUUGUAAUGACGAGUUUGUUUGGAUUUGUGAGAAGAGAAUAUUUAGUUGAAUUGUCUUGUGAGGGUGAAAACGAUCUGCUUGCUUAAUUCAUAAUUGUCUGUUUUAUAAUUACACUGCUCAAGAUGAUUAAGGGAAAACAAUGUAAAUAAAAUAAAGUCAGUUAAACUUUACUAUAUAGUUGCACAGGUUGUCCAGCUCCACCAAAAUGGCUGGUUUGCUGAGUCUCCCAGUACAGUCCAAAGAUCAUGGAGAAGAUAAACCCAGAAAGGCUUCAACCCAGUAGCAUAACCAGCUUCUGCUCCUUUGUAUGAGGAAUAACAGAGGGAGCACUUCAAGAGCCCUACAAAGUGGCUCUACAGUGGAUGACUGGUGUGCAUGUAUUUGACCAAACGUUCAGACAGUGAACUCCAUAGUGAGUCCACUGUGCAUCGGGACUGGCAUUCACCAGAAAACAUCAGAAUUGGCAGAUCUACCAUUGGCACCCUGUUCUCUCCUAAGAUGAGAGCAGGUUCUAAACUGAGAACAUGUAACAAUCAUAAAAAGUCUAAAGUGCUCUCUUCUUUUUUUGAGCUGUGUACUUUGUAUUUUUAUUUUUUUGUAUUCUUUCAUUCUUUCCUUGGUAGAAUCAACAUGGUAGAGUCAGACAUACAGUGUCUAUAAAUACUUCACUUUUGUCUCUUCAGUACAAAGAGUCCUAGAGAUCAUCAAGAUAAAAUGUGAGAUGGGGCGUUGUGUUCUUUUUGGUCAGCAUUGUUUUUUUUUUAAAUCUUGGAAUAUGGAACAUUUUUGUCCAGUAUCAGAAUCAUUAACUCUCAGCGCCGAGUGGUCCAGCAAUCUAAUGCGCUGCCACUAUGAGCGGGAGGUCGCAGGUUCGAACCCCCGCUCAUGCAGCUUUGCUAUCAGCUGCCGGUGCUUAGAGGGAGCAAAAUUGGCUCUGCUCCCCCUGGGGUGGGUAGAUGGCGCUCUCUCCCCAUCACACUUAAGGUGGCGCUGGGCGGCACGAGGCGUCUGUGAGCGGAUGAAUCAGAAACUAGCCGCUGUGCUUUCCUCCGAGUGCGCUGGCUGCUCAGGCAAUGAUUCGUCAGCAGCAGCUCGAAAAAAGGGAUGAUUGACUUCACACGUGUUGGAGGAGGCGUGUGCUCGUCCGCAUCCUCCAAGGGUCGCGGGCGUCACCGGUGAUGGGGACGCACAAAGGGGUGGGACAAUUGGAUAUCCAAAUUGGGAGAAAAAUCAGAAAUAAAAAAAAAAAUAAAAAAAAGAAUCAUUAACUCUGACCUUAACUGAGGUGAGCGAGGCCUGCAGUUCUUUAAAUGUUGUUCUGGGUUCCUUUGUGACCUCCUCGAUGAGUUGUUCAUUCCAUUUUGCAGUAAUUUGGUCUGCCAUCGCUCCUGGGAUGGUUCACCAUGAUCAAUGACUGUUCUUGAAUUUAUGCAGACCGAGGCAUAAUGUGUUAUAUGUUGAGAUUUUG